AUGCUUACACACAAGAACAAUCAAGGUGGACGGAAAAAGAUGCAGGUGGCUUUCGUCAUACGGGAUGCUGAGGAAAAACGCCACCGAAAUGGGGUGAAUGCGCUGCAGCUGGACAGCAUCAAUGGCCGGUUGUAUUCGGCCGGCAGAGACGGUAUUAUUCGCCUAUGGAACUCGACACAGACUUCCUCCUCAGAGCCGUACAUCCAGAGCAUGGAGCAUCACAACGAUUGGGUGAACGAUAUCGUCUUAUGCUGCGGGGGUCGUAACUUGAUAAGCGCCAGUUGUGACACCACAGUGAAGGUGUGGAAUGCACACAAAGGUUUUUGCAUGUCGACUUUGCGCACGCACCGGGAUUACGUGCAAGCACUUGCGUACGCAAAGGAUCGCGAACAGGUUGCCAGCGCUGGAUUGGACAAGGCAAUAUUUCUGUGGGACGUUAACACACUUACCGCACUGACUGCCUCCAAUAACACAGUUACAACAUCCAGCAUAUCGGGAUCGAAGGACUCAAUCUACAGCUUGGCGAUGAAUCCGUCCGGGACGAUCAUUGUGAGCGGAUCGACAGAAAACACGCUUCGAAUUUGGGACCCGCGAACAUGCAACAAGAUCGCGAAACUGAAGGGACACACGGAAAACGUGAAAGCGCUAAUCGUAUCCGAGGAUGGCACGCAGGUCGUGUCCGGCAGCUCGGAUGGUAAGAUCAAGCUGUGGAGCAUCGGGCAGCAGCGCUGCAUUCAAACCAUUAGCGUGCACUCGGAAGGUGUUUGGUGUUUGCUGAUGACGGAGGGCUUCUCACACGUGAUCUCCGGUAGCCGGGAUCGGAAGAUCAUUAUGACAGAGUUACGGAAUCCCGCGAACAGUGUUUUAAUAUGUGAAGAGCAGGCUCCCGUUCUGAGCAUGUGCUACAAUAUUGACCAAACAGGCGUGUGGGCCACUACAUGGAACUCUGACAUUCGAUGCUGGAAGCUACACAAAACGGAAAAACUGUGCAACUACAGCUACUCCAACAGCAACAGCAGUAUCAACAACGGCAGCGGUGAUGGCACCUCCAGUUCUGUGGCACCAGCACCAGCAUCUAACAGCAGAGCACCGACAGCAGUGCCUACCGGGACGACCACGGCUAGCUCGGGCAAGGGCUAUGAGGUUGCUUGCAUCAAAGGAGGCGCCGCCAUCAAACGAUACCACGUGCUAAACGAUAAACGGUUCAUGCUGACGAGGGAUACGGACGAAAACGUGGCCAUCUACGACGUGCUGAAGAUAAAAAAGGUAGAGGAUCUCGGAAAGGUGGACUUUGAGGAGGAAAUUAAAAAGCGCAGCCAACGAAUUUACGUACCGAAUUGGUUCAUGGUGGAUUUAAAAACAGGAAUGCCAAUGAUAGUGCUAGGACAGGAUGAAAUCGAUUGCUUCGCAGCAUGGGUUUCGGCGGAAGCGGGCCUUCCAGAGCAUGCGGAACCCGGGUCAGAUCCAAAGGUGAACUAUGGCAGUCUGUUGCUACAGGCGCUGCUGGAACAUUGGCGACCUGCACCAUCGCACCACCAUAUCCAGGGCGGGCCGGUUGAAUUGGAAAACGGUUGUGAUGGUGACGUUCGGGGCAAUGAAUACUUCAGCGUGCCGAAGCAUACUCCAAUUAUUUUUAGCGAAGUUGGUGGAAGGAAUGUGUGCCGGCUGCUGGUAAAGGAUGCUGCCGGUGAAACGGAAAGCGCACUGCUAAACGACACCGUCCCGUCGUGGGUGACCAAUGUGGUCAUCGAUCGGACGCUACCCAAGUUCAUAAAGCUUCCGUUUUAUCUGCUGGCCCAUCCAUCGAUGCUGAAGCAGGACCGCAACAAAAAGGAACGCUUGAUAGCGAACGAGUUCAUUCAAUGUAGGAAAGUGUGUGAGCACGUGUUGGAGAAAGUACUGGGCUCCGAUUUGCCAACGAGCGACAGUAAUGGCAACUCCAACUCUUCGCAAAAUAACAGUCAAAGUGAUGGUAACUCCGAAAGCAGUCAGAUACCUGCCGAGGAACGAAUCGAGCUAUUGUGUAAUGAGGUGCUGUGUGAUCCCAACAUGGACCUUCGUACAGUGAGGCAUUUUAUUUGGAAACAGUCAUCGGAUCUAACUUUCCACUACCGGACGAAAUUAAACUAAAUUUGGCUAAUACCGUACCAUGGAUGUUAUGUUGCCCGUUUAAAAAGAACAUAUAUUGUAUGUAGAAUAUUCAUGAAAUUGUAAUGAAAGUUUGUCAAAGUAAACUUCGAAAUAUGC